AUGUCCCUGGUGACUGAAGUCUCGAAGGGUAGAUCUUGCUGUCAGAUUUGCCAUGUUUUAAUUCUGUAGCCUUUCUACGUGAUGUAUUCCACUCACCCAAAAUGAGCAAAGGCCGGCGUGUUUUGGUCGUUGAUGAGGAAUCCGCCACAUUGUUGUCUUCAUGUUUGCGUAUGCAAGAUAUCAUGGAUACGGGCGUGAUACGUAUGUUUAAACCUAGUUUUAUUCGUGUUUAGUCGUCGAGAACAUUCAGAAGGCACGAAAGAAACUACCAAUGGAGGCUAUUUAUAUUAUUUACCCCGACAGAGAUGUAAUCGGAUCAUUUCAGUUAUGUACUUAGUCUACAGAUCGACUAAUUGGAGAUCUAACCUCCGUGCCUACGCAGUAUUCCAGCGCCUACGUUUAUUUUACAAUUGGUAAGGACCACUUGGUUUUUUGUGUUGAACUAGCUUUCCAUUUACCCCUCAGCCCUUAGCUCAGCUGCAUUUUGAAAACAACACGAUCACGAAGGUUUACUCGUUAACUGUUUCUUGAAAAUGCUUUCUUUUGUAAUGCUAAAUAGCUGGGCCGCAGGGCGUCACAGCCGCUAGUCAUCUCAUCGCUAUUUCUUUUGAUAUAAUUGUGUAUCAUACAUUGCUGCUAACGCGUCAGCAGUAGCUUCGCCUUCAACGUCUUUUGAUAAACGAGCUGACAGUUGCCUAACAGUACGUCCUUAUUGUGACUCACAUCUUGAAUACGUUGAUAUAUUUUAGCCUGCCCACCACAGACUCUCCAACGAAUAGCAACUUCCGGAUGCAUGCCACUCCUAAAGGCAUUGACGCAGUUGAAUAUUGGAUUUCUCCCGCUCGAGACGCAUGUUUUUUCCGUCCCUUGCAAGGACACCCCUGUACUCUACAGCUGUCCUGUUGAUCGAGUUCCUGAUCGCGGUCUUAGAUUAGAACGCAUGGCCGAACAAAUUGCAACGACCUGUGUGCUCCUGAAUGAGUAUCCGAAAAUUCGAUACAGGAAGUUAGUCCGUGACUAAUUUUUUCCAUAGUUUUCGUAUUACACAGUUAAUUAAUUUUUGGAGGCUCAUCUCCUAAUCUCCACAAAUAUCAUUCACAUUUCGGCGAGUUCCAACGUGUCCGCAGUUUCAGUGAACGCGUUGGGAGCGUAAUUAAUCACAUACUGUAUUCCGGUCUCUUUAGUCCAUUAUUUAACAGAUUACACCUGUAUCGCGUCUCAGUGAACCUUCAGAGAAAUAAAUUUGCGCGUUUUUGACCGCAUAAGUGAGUAAAAGAAACUUACAUACUGACAAUCAGCCCUCUUAUCUUUUCAUUAGCAUUUGCUAGUACUUAGAUUGUGCGGCCUGUUUCCUUAAUAUUCAUUGGAUUUGGGUGAUGCCUAUCCUUUCUAUGGAUGCCUGCUGUCAAGACUCGAUUUAUAGAUUUUACUAGUGAAGUAGGAAAAACACUAGGGAUAUGACUCGGCUUUUUCCGAAUUUGCAGACAAGUAGUCCCUUUUUAUUCAUUUUUUUACAUCUACAGGAGACCUGAAAAUCUUGAGCUGGCUCGAUUAGUCCAAAUGAAACUUGAUCAACAGAAGUCCGAUAAUCCGUCAAUGGGCCAGGUAACCUCCCCCUUCGUAUAUUUAAGUCUCCUCCAGGCAGUGUUUGUUGAAUCAGUUACCCAGAUAAUCGAGUGCUUGUUGUCUGUAUUCGCCAUUCUGCUAGGGAACUUAUAAAGGACAAAGCAUUCUCCUUCUACUUGAUCGGGGUACGGAUCCUCUAACGCCACUCUUGCACGACCUUACCCUGGAAGCCUUACUGCACGAUUUGGUCAAAAUUGAAGGCAACAUAUACAGGUUAGAAUGUCACACUAUUAUUCUAGCCGGUUUACAUUUUACGGAUAUAAACGCAUGCAUUCAGCUUGAACAUAUUACAAACACAUUGGGGUGGGGAUGCCACUUCCGGCAUUUUGUUGAAGUAAAGAAAACAAAUCGACCUCCGGGACAAUCAGUACAUGAGUCUUAGUUUUCGAAUUCACGGAGGAGUCCGUCAGCUGGGCCGUGAAACACCCACAACAAAUGAGCAGUUUUGUAGUUCCCAAUGGCAUGUUGGCAACGUGAAUCCUUGACCGGAAACUGGGCCGCGCCGCCUAGACCCGAGAGCACAAGGCAUGGUAGGCGGAAAACGUGUCCUGCUCACAAAACUGUAGCUAGAAGUCCAGUCCCCCAGCAGCGAUUUACGCGUCUUGUUGCCGACCGGCGUCAUUAUCUUUGUCUGCAAAGCCAAAUUUAUAGCCUUGUCAGAGGGUGUGCACAGCGACUAGGGUCAGCGGGUCUUAUGCACGCAGUCGACUUAUGCCUACGGAUUCGUAAUUUCAACUUCCAUCUCCCCUUUUCCAUAUAGAAGUUUUGUCUAUGACAUUAGUUGGCCUGUCCUCCAGGAUGGUUGUCUUCCCAUGAGCAUCGCUUUCAAUGGCAAACUUGAGUCAGGGACUACUAUACCAUCUUUUCCUUAUUUACAAGUGUUAUGACACGUACCUGCUUCCUACGGCUCGAUUUAGAGUUCGCCCACUCACAGACUGCUCUAGAGAAGAAGUAUUGCGACCAGGCUCUUGAUCUUCGGGGCAAACAUGUUGCGUCAGUUGGGUGCCUUAUAGGACAUCACAAUUAAUAGUGAACUGAAGACUGUACGCAUUAGAAUUUUUCAGAAGCUGGGGAGUGAGAGGAUACUGGUGAAGUUAGUAAGGGGUUUUAGCGUUUCAACAUUCGUGCAGCAAAUGCAGCGGGCAUUACAGUCAAGUGGGUAUUUUACGUCAGGAUUGGUGACAACUCGCGUCUUCAAUUUCGUUCUCAGGUUCUUGAAUGCGUUUGUUUUCAGGUCGACCAUGACGUUGUACACUUGCCCGCUGUUAUUUUUGCCUUUUUUUGUGAUUCUCAUUUCGCAUUGAGGAAAAGAACUCGAUUUUAGUGGGAGUCAGUAUAGUUUUUGCCUCAGUUUUUGGACUCAUACAAGAGUCCAGAAAUAGGUACUGGUUUACGUGGAUCACAACCUAAAGUUGAUCCAUACAUUGCAUUACCUUAAUCGUACUCAGUAACAACCGCCACUGACAGUGCCAAAUUUUUAAAAAUUUAUCUCCGGUUCCUGCGUCGAUUCGUUCAUAUCUCAGAAAAAAAUGAACGUAACUUUUGUUUCAUGUUAUCAUUUUUGCUGAAAAUUAGGCCUACAGCUUGUUCUUGAAGAACGUGAGUACACCGGUUUUAAGAAAGCUCAUUAGGUCUUUUGGAUUUUGAGAUGCAACUAGUAGGUUCAUUUGUCUCAAAGGUUCCUAAGCUGCAUGCGAUAUUUGAUCUAGAACAAUUUUAUUAGAAUGUGGGAUCCUUCGCCGAUUUAGUUACAGUAUGGAACGCAGCCAAACCUUGGUGCAUUGAAGCUCAAUCCAUGAACCUCGCGCGCGGUGUCACAUAGCGACCGACAAUGAUGGUUGGUUGACUGACGGCGAACAGUAGCCUGAAAUUGCCAUCGUAGUCUUCUCUUUGUCGAUAUUAAUUCUGCCGACUCACUUCUCCUCAUGUGCCUGUGGCAGUAGUUCUUGUGUAUUUUUCAGGCAGCCGUGUUAAGCCUGCGAAUGCUAGAUUACACUAAUCCCCAUGAAGACUUCCGAAGAUUUUCCUACUUGCCAUACUUCCCUUAUUCUAGUGUAAUAUUUGAAGAAAGACCAAAGUUCCUGCAAAAUGAGCAUUAAAGUGAAACUGUCGUGCACCCUUCGUAGGAAAUAGUUUUACGCUUGUUGAUGUAUCUGAAUUUGGUCGUCGAAAUUGUCACUGUUUUCGUAGCGAUUGUUCUCUGAGUGUGAUUUUAAUGGGUGCAUGAAUGAAUUCCCAACCGAGGGCUCCACGCAUAUCCUUACUGCAACCGCUGGUUGGGAAUAUUUCCCAUGGACUGCUGUUGACAAGACAAAGUGGGGCGUAAUGACCAUUUCUGGUUUAUUUGACUUCCUCAUCUAUCCAGACUCUGCCACCAGACUGAAAGAGCACGGACUCCGGCCAGCGCUUUUCGUCUCUGAGAUUCAGGUCAGACGUUCUCCCAUAGAAUUGCGGGAUCGUCACGUUGUUUGGGAUCGGAAACACUAAGUCACAUUGGUUUGACGUUCGGCGACGUGUUCUUUUAACAGGAAGUAAUACAGACUCUUCCGUUCCGCGGGAACAUUUGCCAUUGCAGUUGGUCGCACAACGGCGAGCAAUCAGUAGAAGGGGAGGACUAAGGAAAAGACAUCUAAAAGGACUAAAAAUCAUUUCUCUAUUAUUUACACUCAUCAGCCAUGCAUGCCCAACCCUAGACCGGUACAGCGAUAAAUCGCGCCCGAGCUCUGGUCUCUAGGCAUUUGAGCCAAAUACCUCCCGAUUAGUUUACGGACCCACGCCUUAUCGACCAUGAUAUAGGAAUAUGCAGUCCCAUGAAAGUGGAUAUGCAAGGGUGUUAGAAUUCAGACCAAAUUCAGUCCCGCUGCUCCUGCCCAUUCAUUUGCCGUCCCUUCGUGGUUAUGUCAACAGCUACUGUCAGUAGGACUAUCACGCCUUGUGGUCGAGGGCGUGCAUGCCCAAGUUAACUUGUAACGGUAAAAGUUAGUUGUGGCCAGCUAGACCUGUUAGUCGUCUUCAACACUAACAUCGGCACAUCUGCAGGUAUCCUACCAUGUAUAUUUUUACAUAACCAGUCUUCUAGCUCCUUCAAAGAAGGACCGUAUAAGAAGUGUCUUUCCGUGUUCAGGCUUUGUCUGAAUAAUUGGGGACCUGCUACAUCCCCAGACUUAUUUGUAAAUUAAUCCGACCCUAGUAUGUUUUGGCUUGGUCUACUCUCUGUUUCCUUCCGUUUAAGGUAUGGCAAUGGUCAGGAGUUCGAAUUAACCGAUCAGGACAAACUGUGGAAGGACCUUCGUCACGAACAUAUUGCUGAUGUUACCAGGUAAGCUUCCAAAUCCUCAGUGCAUCCCAGAAGUCAUGCUGGCGGCAUUUGGCAGCCCAGCUGGUGUUUAUUAGUUGUAUGCAUGUUUGGCGAUCAAAGUUCAAAGCCUGCCGGGUGAACAUUUUGUCCGUCUACCGCCACGGGGAUGGUCAGGGACAGUGAUGACUUGCACUCGAAUUGGGUUUUAGUAGGGGGACCAUGCAUAGCACCGAAUUUACUCCCUCCUUCCCUUCCUCUCGCGCACCAGAGUCAAUACUCAGUUAGACCCACCGAACCAAUGAGUGACCAGUUCUUGUUUUUGGGAGUGUAGACAUUCCCAACACCUUUCACUCCCGUUUCCUGCAUGUCACACGCGCUUGUUGCUCAGCUGACAUAAGCUGGACUUCGCUUGAAAACUUGUUUGAUAAUAGGAUAUUUGUCUCCGUCUGAAUCUGACGCAACAACACCGCCAAAUCUGGAUGUCCUACCAACUUUUUUUACAGUACAAGGGCAUAUUUUUGGCCUCCAAGUGAAUAAAACGGAGUCAUCUUGGACGGUUUUUAACCGUUAGACACGUCUUCCCAACCCCUUUAUAAUUUUGCGCACCGAGUAUUCGCCAAGUGCGCAAUAGAAGCAUCCAUUGUCACGAGAUUUUCGGCAUUUUCAUCCUUGCAAUCUUGCUGACUCUUUUGUAUCUUUCCUCCUAAAGCCCAUUCUGAUAGUUAAGGGUCAGGACGUGAACAAUUUCUGAUUUUCUGGGCUUCAUCAACCCUUCCAGUACAGCUACCAUAGGUCGCUUAUGAUGUGGAGAUGGUUUCUAGCUACUUUUUAUCACCACUGACGCCUGCUCGCGCAUUAAUAUCCGUGGGUGACAAAAAUGCUUAAAGGAAGGUAAAAGGGUGGAUAAUGUUCUGCAGACUUGUUGCAAAUAAACCCUCAUGCGUAUAAGUACACCAGGGUCAGUCAGGCAAGAAAUAGAGAAGCUCAUUGCCUUCAUCUGGGGGCAGAUGCGCUAACCAAACUUGCAUCACUAUUCGGCUUCGUUUCCUUGUGUUUAGUACAAUUCUCCCACCGUCUCACGAGGGCUUGAGUUACUUUAAAGAACAAGUCUUUUGGGCUCAUCUCAAACCGCUCAGGCCCUUACAUCCUGUCACAACUGGCUAAUAACUUGCUUGAAAGGUUGCCAGCUGCCGAUAUAAUUCUGUCCUCCCUGGAAAACCAAUCAGACACCUUCGUAGUUUGACCUUCCUGACACCCGUUCAUACGAUAUCCGAGGACCCGCAUUGAGGCUUGACGAGUGUGGAGUUAGGCGCUAGGUCAUGUGUGUUUGGCAUGGACUGUUUAGCUUUGUCAGCCGCUGCGUCCGCGCCCACCUCCAGUCGUCGUGACCCCGUCUUGCCAGCGGAAUACGGCGGGUGCCGAGGAUAGACAGUGAGGUAAUUUCUGCAAAAGUCAACGACCAGUUUCAUGCGUAGGUCCUCCCAGCGUCCUUGCGACAGUGGUGGUCACAAUCGCCUGCAGCCAACGAACUCGUGAUGUCGGAUCGGCAACUGCGCCCACGCCCACCUCCAGACGUCCUGACUUUGUAUGACUAUUCGAGCAGGAGGAAAGGGGGCUGAUUUCGAUCCCGUUCAUGUGCAAGUCACCACUGCUCCCCAAUGUGAUGAUCACGACGGACGAGUUAAAUGUCAAGGCUUGACCAGUAAUCUUCCCCUCUCCCUUUUUUUCCUACAAAGGACACUGCCUUCUCUUGUUCGGCAGUUUGCAGAGAGCAAGAAGCACUUCCUGUCAUCAAAGGAGGCGGCCAGCAUGUCCUCCAGCCCAAACAGUACUCUCUCUCGAGACAGCGCUGGCGAGGUGAACCUUGCCGCGGAGACGGGCAGCGAUACCGGACGGAGCCAUGAUGCCAGCUUGCGCGCCCUCCAGACGAUGGUCCGGGAGAUGCCCCAGUACCAGCGCGAGGCAGCCAGCUACAACGCCCUAGUGUCCAUCGCCGACACCUGCCUUUCUGCCUGCAGAAACAGCGUUAACAAAAUGUGCGCUGUUGAGCAGGUAGGAGGGCCUGUUGCCUGUGUUGUAUCUCCGCCAUUCCCGAAUGCGGCCCCACCGAUACAACAUUUUUCCAUGAAAGCUGGAUGUUUGUACUGUCUUUGGCUAGGCACAUGAAGUACUGACCCCGUUUUUUGCUCUCUAUUUAUUGAUCUCCACUUUUUCUUUCCUAACUUUGUAUUUUUCAUCUAAGGCCUUAACCAUGAGCUUGCUUGUUUCUUGCUUACUGAACUGCCUUCUUCCUCUGCGCCCACAGAACUUGGUCAUGGGUCAGACCGCAGAAGGCGAAGCCCUGCACGACCCCAUGCGCUCUCUCGUGGAGGUACUCAGUCCCGACACGAUGACAGAGUUGGAGCGUUUUCGUCUAGUGGUUAUCUUUAUCCUUUCCCGAAGUAAGCCCUGCUUUCCUGCGAUUCCUUUUCAUAUACGUCCACAGUCCUGUUGAUUCAAUCGUGAUAAUAGUUGAAAUGCUUUUCACAAACUGCAUGCUUUGGCCAAUCGUGCAACAUUGACCCCGAUUCCGACAAGAAAUCUGCUGAGACCUGAGAAGCUAUGAAUUUCCUCGUGAGGCGAUUCGCGAUAGUAACUUAUCAACAGUGUCUUUCACACCACUGCUUAAACAUGAUGUUUAAGUGGUCCGCAACUUGCCGGUAGGCACCCAAAAAUGGUCAUAUAAACAAAGUCAGAUUUCGUAGAUUUAUUUCCCUGGGACAGUUAUUAGGUCAGGGUGCACACGGACCUUAGCCGUGUUCCAUACUCCUAAGCAUCCUUCGUCUUCCAUCAGGCGGGUGACGGCUUUGUCAACCGGAUAAUCCAUGGGGUGCACCUAGAGUUUCUACCAUCCUCUUCACUGCUCGAGUUUUUUGAGUUCGCUCUGAACUGCGAUCUGCCUGCAUAUAUGCCACCCACCACCAUCUCUGGGUGUGCAAAUGAUUGACCAGCUGGUUAGAUUCUCGUCUGUCACUGUUAUGCAGCUACUGUGUUAGGUGCGGUAAUACGCACAUAACAGGUUCCCUCGGCAGAGACUAACAAACGUAGCAAACCUUUUCACUGCUUUCAGCGGCCCAAUGUUCUUUUUUUGGAACAAUACUGCACACUUUUCUGACGUGUAGCUCUUUGUAUCUUUCCAAGUCCUUUAAUGACUCCUUGUUGGAUAGACUCUCUUCAUCCACCUUAAUUUUGGAUUCAGUUAUCGGUAGUCACCAAUCUCCUAGACUUGCUACCGAAUCUCAUUAGGAAGAUUUCUGAGCAUUACUAUGACAAACGGACCACAGUUUCAAGUGCAGCGUCGGAGGUAACAAUGAGGGCAAACUAUUUAUGCCAAACUGAAGGUCAAAUGCUUAAAAGAAUCCAUCGUAUUUGUCCCUGAAUCUGUUGCAGAUCUUAUCUCCAGCGUCAACUCCUGACACUACGUUUUUUGAGACGUGGUGCCUCAUCUCGCAGCCCGACUUUAUUUCCACACAGACUAGUGCCGAUUUCUCUAGCUCCAGGCAUCCUUUUUAAUUAUAAAAGGGCUCCUAAUCUUAGUGUCCAACCUAAUCUUGUCACAUGGGACUACUUAAGUUGGGCCUUGACAACUAAGACACUUAUCUAGUUUCACGGACAGUCACCGGCCCUUACAAGGCUGUGCUCCCCCAUGCCUGCUUACCCCGCAUUCUGUUAUCUUUUUUUUUACCGAUGUGUGUAUAUGGCGAAUUGUACAAUAUAGCGGGACAAAAAGCUUACUAUGGGGUACAGGUGCAGUUUUUUUAGUGUUCAGAGAAUUGGAGCAGAUGGCUUUUUCGCUGUGACUGCCUAUCUUCGUUCCAUUGUACACGCCUUGUCCUCACUUUCGCGGGUGCUCUCUUUUGAGGUGGGAUUUCGGAGGCGCAUUUGGACAAACUGUUGGACUACGCUCGUCUUUCGCUCGCUUACAAGUCAAUAAUCGCCGCUCUCUCCUCCGUCCUGGGUGCAAGACUGAUUAACGCCACUGUAAGUUUUGUCUUCAUUCUCAUACUAAUUGAGCCUUUACGGGGGCUUUCCUACGUCCUUGACGUAGGGUGCUAUCUAGAGGUGAAUAACCCACACCAGUCUGGUUGGCCUGAGUCUCCUUGCGUGUGGCGCUCAUCGGACAGACACGCACGGCGCUCCAUCCACUCACCAUCAGUAGACCGAAAUAUUCAGACGGACCACUGACAUAUGGGAGGGAGAAGAACAAGGUAGACCGGUAGUGAGGUGCCUUCCAUCAUAGCAAUCCAGCGCAUUCCUUACCACAGAGUGAACUGAGGGGCCCGAACUUGCCGCGGUGCACUGAAAAAAGGGCCAUAGAAAGUUGCCAUCUAGCCGGGGGGCGGGGGGUUAUCGCAGUCAUUCUUCCAGUUACUUUGUACUUGCUACGGCUGUGAUCAUGCCUGAUCUAGCCGAUCUCGAUGAUGUCCUGAACUGUACCUCUCUACGCGUGACGAUCCGCGGUAGCAGAUCUGGACAGCUCAACUCACUCUCUUCGUCAACGACAUAGACCGAAUACCGAAGGUCCAAGAACCACCUCCAUGUCUUGACGAACUGUGUCGAGCCAGGUUUUGAACUGACCCCCUCUUCGACGCCUCCUAUGAGGUAACGGUGCCGGAUCGAGGGUAGUAACACUCAGCUCCUGAGGUGGACGAUGAAGAAUAUGUCCGAACCACUUCAGUCGUCUUUCUUGGAUGGCCUGAGUUAUCCUCGCGAUGUUGUCGCAGCGAGCGCGGACUGUCCAGUUAGGACUAAUUCGGGCAGUUGCAACCCCCUUUCGAGGCCUAGCAAAGUUUCCAUUUUACGACCAACUAAAUACUUCCGAGGAGGUAUCGCAUUCCCCUGACUCUGCCCUUUCUGCGGUGAAUGUCCUAAUGACGGAAGGCAGACUGUCAGUCCAGUGAGUGAGUCCAGUCGACUGUAAGUGAAAAUUCUCCUUGUACACCAUAAGGGAGGAUUAAACGACUUCGGUUUCCUAGCAGGCGGCCUUGGCCAUCCGUCUUCAUGGCUUGAAACUCCACCUCUCCCCGGAGACACUUGCAGUUCUGGAUAGUUUUUAUUAUACGUUCGCAAAAUCUAGCGUCGCAGGCCACUUGGACGUGUGACAUCAUUCGGAGGGGCAUACAGACGCUAUUGAAGAGUAGAAUAAUGGUGUCCGAAUGACCUUGAGAUGCGGUGCAUUCAACACUUUCAUGCGUUACGUGGGGUGUUCGAAUGGUUGCCUAGAACAAUAACUUUGUUUUGGGCACUUUUAAGGGUUGGGCACGGGAAUAUGGACCCCUUCUCCUAGUACUACAGACGGCUUUGCGCUAAAUUGCAGAGGAGUUCCUAUUCCCGUGUCCUAAUUUUAACUCAAACCUAAACCGCCUAAUCCUGACCCGAACCCCCCCCCCCCCUGUAAUUUAAGGCAAGGCAACCUGUAAUAUGGGACGUCCUUGUUCCCGUACCCAACCCUUUUAAGAUUAUACCUGUCGUUUUUGAGUGUCGUCGAGCAUGCCUUUCAACUGACUAAGAUCACCAAACUUGUCUUCUCCCCAAGUCUAAAUUCUUCAGCCAUCGUAACUGUACGCGGAACCCUAACAAGUAGAACCGACCUUUGCAGGUCCUUUAAUUUACGUGUUAGUGCCGUUCACGAAUCUAACCUGCUUGGUGGAUGGGAUAGGUGAACGCGCUUCCCAGGAGAAGUAUUUCCGGCAAGGGGGUGGUUUAUGGCCGGGGUUACUUGCUCUUGGGUGCAUUUGUGUUGAGCACAGAGCAAAUCCUGAUCCUCUAUAUUGUCACUAAGGGGGACCAUAUGCUUACCAUAAGAUGAUAAUAGUAUAUGAAUUUAAUUCCCCUUUGUAGGCUUUGUCAAAAAGGUGUUGCAUUGUCUUAUUUUGGCACGUAGAAAUACAGUAGGUGAUCUAACUCAUGAAAGGUGUCGAGAUUUACGAAUGGUUGCCAAUCACGCGCAAACCGACACCAUUUCAUGAGUCCAAUGUCUAUGUUAGCUAAGCACAAGUUUGAAAGAACUAAAAGCAUAAAAUAAAUAUCAAAGGCAGUGUUGCGCUGUCUAGAAGUGCCGAUUUUUUUUUAGAAAAGCGCAGUAUCUCGAAAACGUCAGAAAUGGCUGUGAUUUAGUAAACUUCGUUUUUAGAUAUAUAGAAUGUAUUCUCAUGUCAAAAAGGUAGUAAUUAUGAAAGAGCAAAUAAAAUAGCGUUUAAUAAUAGUGUUUCAGUAAAGUUUGCAUUGAAAUAUCGUUUGAGAAUUAGUGUAAUUUCAUAUAUGGCGGUUUGUCAACAGCCUACAUUCUGAGUAUAGAUUCCAAGACAGUUUUUCAGGGAUUCGUGGGAUUUUUGACUCUUGAGCUGAAUGAGACGGGUUCAACAAGAGAAACGGAAUUUUGCUUGAGUUCACCGAUGAAGACGUCGUAGGAACAAAAGUUUUCAUAAGGUGACAUACUGACAGACCGAUCGGUGCUUAAUCAAUUUAAAUAAAACUGACAGGCGUGAUCGUAGACACACCAUUUCGUGCUUGUAGAGAGGACUUUUAUUUCGUUAAAUUAAUUUACAGAUUUUGCUCGUUUUGGAUUACGUUGAGUCCCAGAUCGGCCUUGAAAUAUUGUUGAAUACUUCAUGAUUUUCAGUGUUUUCACCCGAUCUCCCAUAAAGACAGAUUCCGAAUUACCUGUCAAAGGCUUUAAAAUAGGGUAAUUAUUGAAGACAUUUACCGAAUUGGUGAGUGUUUGGGUGCAUUUUUCACGAAAAAGGUCGUUCGGGUCACAUGGAAAGAAUCAUUCUAACAACAAACUUCAUUUUCAAAAAAUGGUUGUUCACAACGGAAGUCAGCAACGAAUAUGCCUUCGAUCAAUAAGAAAACUUCCUAAUAAGUUACCUCUUUACGAAGUGCUUUAAUACUGCACUCCGUUGACGGAUCUCUGUGUAAUUUGCAUUUUUCCACGGCGAGGCCAAGAAAAAAUUUGGCACUUUCUUUCACGUUUCUAAACAAUAUUAAUAGUUCUCUACCGUAAACGCAAGAACAUGCCUUUUUAUAUAUAUUCCUGUCAUUUGCACUAUUUUUGCUCGCUUUUAGACACCGUUCUUCGAUUAUGCAUGCAUGACAGAGCGCCCAUAUAAAUACUGAUAUUUUGUUGGAACUAUUAGUUUUUUGAUCGUUCCAUUUCUGAAUUAGGUAUGUGCAAAAGCUAGACUACACGACGAGUAAUGUUUAAUGUCUAAAACUGGAAAUGACCAUUUGGUGGUGCUCAUUUAUUUGGCAUCACGUGGCGUUAUUCAAACGGCAGAACAAUUUCAGCCCAUUUAAACGAAGAAAUCCUUGUCUGCGUUAUUACUGCACUUCAGGGCACAAAAUCGCACAGAUCUGUUUUUAUGACUUUUAAGAAUCGAUAAAACAUCUGGUUUUCUUAAAAUAGCCUUUGUGUUAGCAAGUUCAUUACCAGGGUUAGCGUCGGACAUAAAGUACGUUUUCGAGUGCGGCAAAGUCUCUUUAUUAAAACUCUCGCGGAUAAAUUACUUUCCUUUCAAGGAAAAACAUGCUAAGAUGCGCAACCAGAGUCUAGGACAUGCAUUAACAUAGGAAAUUGCACAAAUAUAUUGCAACGUCCAUUUUCGCUAGAUUUUACUAGUAUUUUGCUUGGUAUAAUUACGUAAACACAGUUUCUGCACAGGAAAAGGACUUUUCAUUGAAGGAAGCGAAUGGGCAAGCAAAAUGCGCAACGUUAAAUACGUCCAGUAAUUCUCUCAUCAGUUUCCGUUAUCAGAUUUCACGAGGUAGGUCACACACUGAACAUAUCGCCAGUUAUUUUCGUUCAGCACAAUUGCUCCCCGAAGUAACUCCGGUCAGAAACCAUACCCUUGUCGGUACGCCUAUAUUCCAUCUUGCAACCAGGCUAGGUCGCUGCCGAUAGGGCAUGAGCCCAUAACUUACCCGUUAGAUCGUCUGACCCAACUAAACCACACUUCAAAGGUGGAGUAUUCCCGGCUUGGAAUUUGGGUUAUGGGUGGCUGAGAAGGACGAAUAUGCCCGAAACUGCCACCAAAGUUUCGCCGCUCUCCGUCAGUACUAAUUUCCUGAUUGACUUUGUUCUCCUCUUUUAGGGGAGCACAUUUGAUUCGCCCUUGCUGCGAAAUCUUCCUGACUUGUCGUCCGCACCAGCUGCUCUACAGUUUUACCUCCCUUGCAAGGGAAAACGCGUAAAUCGUGUGGAUGACAACUGUUAUGCCCUUUCACGCUGGUCGCCCUAUCUGGAAGACCUGCUGGAGGUGGGUUUGUGCUAUCUCGGCCACGGGACGACAGUUGGUGGCCAGAUUUGCUGAACCAACUUUCUACCCUCUUUCUAUCUGUUUUUGUAGAAAUGCAUCGCGGACACUCUGGACUCGCAGCACUUCCCCUUCCUACUGGGGGCCAAUUCAUCCGAUCUACGGGGUCUGGGUCAGUUCGGCAACUCCCUGCAGCCGCCCUCUGAUCGUGCGAGCGGGGGGCGGGGCCCCUCGGCUCGCUUCCGUGCCCCCUCACCCUCACCCGGUGGCUCUGUCGACUCAAAUGGCGCAGGUGGCGGCGGUAGUGGCUUUAGUAGUGCCAGCGGCAGUGGUUCCACUCGUCACCACAAGACGGCCAGUCUUACACCCGGGAUAGGAGACGAGUUGACCAGCAUGAGCGACCACUAUGGGCCGCGUCUUAUUGUUUUCGUUGUCGGCGGUGUUACCUGGCCAGAAGCCCGGGUUUGUUACUCGAUCACUCAGAGGGUAGGUUUGGCUUUGUUCUCUAUUCUUACCCUUAGGCCAGUUUACCCUUGUUGCUGCACCACUCAACUCAAUAGCCACUCGUAUUGUUUUUUUUUGUGGGACCUAUUUAAUGGCCGUUCACGGUUGCCGUAUUGCAAUGCUGUCAUUUAGCAUUGAGACGUCUUAUAGGACACCCGGUGUACCAUAUUCCAGUCUCCACGCCUGGUCGUUCCCAGUGCGGAGCUGCGUAUCUGUCAGAUUUGAGAGACCGCCUAUUUUGCAGCCAGUCCUCACUGGAUGCCGUGUUUGUGGAGGUGCCCACGGACGCGUCGGGCAACCGACAACCAGGCUACUAGUUGACUGCGAAUAUGAUAGGGCGACUGGCUGUGUUGUGGCACGCGUAGAUGAGGAUUUGGUGUCAGAUGGACCAGGGCGCAUCUCUAAUCACCUCUACUUAAGCGGACCACUGGAACUAAGGUUAGCUCGACCUCACUGCUCCCUCAAGACUGCGGUGGAAAGUCUUUCGUUGGACGCAAUGACACAAAUAUGAACUUUCCAUCGUUUUAAUAGGAAGAGGAAAGGACUCAUGCCAAUGUUAUAUUAGGAAUAGCUUUGAUACGUUAGGUUUUUUUCUCAGACACCACUUUUACCUUAUGUCGCGUACUAAUCGAAGGUGUACUCCCUUGCAAAGGCAGUCCACGAAUGUGCAGGUGAAAGAGCCGAUCUUGACAGCCCUUAAAAUAAGACGAGUGAGGGAAGUGGUUGAUCCGUAAUGAUCACAGUCUUGUUAGAUCCAAAAAAGAAGGGCGAGAUUUAGUUGAACAUAAAACUCAGAUGACCAAGUGCACGUUCGGGUCAUGGGGCAGCGUGUCUCAAUGUUACCUAUUUUGUGUGCCUUCGUAUCGUCAUCCUUAGGUUUUUAACUGUGAAUGCGAGGUUUUGUUAGACUAUCAUGACAGAAUAGGAAUUGGGUACCAUUGAGCCCGUCUCGGUAAGUUGAGCCCUUUCGGGGACCCCACAGGUUGAAGCCUUGAUCGUUUAGUUUUGGAGAUUUGCUGUUAGGAGAACUCUUCGGUUAACUAAACUAUGCCUUUGCUCGUUUGUCUUGUGGUUUGUAAUGCUUAACCACUUUUGAUUGGUAGGUUAAGAUGCUGCUGAAUUAUUUUUCGUAUUAACUGGACGUCAGUUUUGGAGUCCUGCUGAUCUCAGCUAGUAUUUCACUGUUAUCAUUAUCACCAGUUUUCAAACUGUUGAGUUGCCGAAAGGGACUUGAAGGAUGUCGUUGAUUUGGGCAGGAUGGAGUUUAUUAAUUGCGUUUUUAAGUGGUGCUCUAUAGACUUCGUUGAAUGCACGUUGGUGGCGACUGAGUCCUUUCGCCGAGUUUUACUCCUUUAAUCCAAUACGGGGAAAUUUCGUAGUAGCCCACUUUUUUGGAAAUGUCGCUCCAUAGGCAGAAUGAUGUUACCGACAGACAAGGGAGACUGGAAUGGCCAUUUCCGGCUUAUUAGCCGUCGUCAGCCAGUCAUACCCAACCCCGAAGUGUGGCACACCCGAGCCUCGAACUCGCGACCUGCUAGUUAGAAGUCCACGCCUCUAACCACUGAGCCACGAGCCCGUGGCAGUACUUAAGGAAAUUGAGAAGAUUCGCGUUAGAAGGGCAGACACGUGUCUGUUCAGGGCGGAAAAAACUCCCUUGUCUUUUUCGGCAAUGCCAUUCUGCCUAUAUCAUGCGCCGCUGUGCGGCUGCUGAUUGGGCUCGAGAUAGAGCCCAUAAGGCACAACGGAACGAGUGAGUUCCGUAAGAACGAUCGAUGAGCGCCCCCUUACCAUUGUCACUCCAUAGUUAGGCCAGCUUUCUUGCCUCUUCGCAUGGACGCUGCACGUAUCUGUCAUCUUUGCUGUCACCACAGCCAAAUAACCACUUUGUGGGGUUACCGAAACCGCUCACAGUCUGUUCGAUCAGUAGCAUGCUCGGAAAAUGCCUUUACCCACGCCAUACUAUACAUCUUGUCGGCGCUUGCUGCCAACUGCUUGUGCGCUAAAAGGCAGUAAAAACCGUCCAGUUGCUGGAGCGGCCGAUUAUAAUGACUAAUGAUCAAUGUCAGUCUCUGUAAAUUAUUACAAGGAGACUGUAUAUGUGGGCCACAACCCCUAUCCCAGGUGUCUGUUUGAGUGAAGAGGAGACCUGGUCGAGCAUCGUGAACCGGCGUCAUUUUUGUUGGAGCUAUGUUUAUUUAUGAUGUCAAUCCCGCCCUGGCGGCGUUGCUUCUGUGCACUAUAAUUUACCCAUUGCGUAGAGCCAGCGCCCUGCUGGCAGAGUGAAUGUGAAAACAGGGCACCUGGAAAUAUCUAUAACUUGGCUUUAAGGUCCAACUAAUGAAGCCUUCUUUUCUGGACGCAAUUGUUAGUGCGGUCUAGGAGUGUCAAGUGUUAGUCAGAACCCCUGGGCGCUUAUGUUAUCUCCACUUUUGCCCCUCAAAGGACCUCCUCAGCCAGUGCGAACCGAUUUCGCUACCUUUUAGGUAGACGCUGAUCUUUCUUAAGUAUCAAUAGCGUGCAUCGGCAUACAUACUGGAGUGUUUCGUUCCACUGUGGAGCUCAGGCACAAAGCAUUCGCUGGCGGUCGCGCGCCGAAAAGCAGUCAGUAUUCUAGAAACAUCACUGAAAAACAAGGAGACCAUAGCCAUCGUUUCUGGCUUACUGAGCGUCGCCAGCCAGUCAUACCAUAAGGCCACGAUUUUUAAAACGACUCCAGUCGAUCUUUGAGAUUCAGAGGCUGUGCUAUUCAGUCGACGGGCUUGAUCUAUCAGCCGCUUUUGAGAAUAUUGCGAUCACAUGAUAGUGUCUUUCACCUAUCCUGCUUCAAACUCUUGCCUCGACCUCAUGUUAGGUGACUCUACUUGCCGACGAAAUAUAAACGAAAAACGACCUCCGCAGUCUUGCUCUUUUUUCUCCUAAUCCGCGCCAAUUACAAACUUCCGUCUUCGCCGUGGGAUCUCCUUCAAAGCUGUUUUUUUCCAAAUCUCACAGGGAUGCUUUUAUUCGUAAUACGUCUUCAGAAGCCCGCUCGAUUUAAGCAAACUGACUUCGCGCCUGUUCAUCCUAAGUGGUUCGAAAAGUGUAGAGGAGGGGGCAUUCCGCUCGCUUACCCCUCUCCACUUUUAAUUACUCUCCUUUUUAGUGUCUGGAGACGAGAUUGACGCACACUGAUCGGUCCACGUCCCCUAACACCACCGUCACCACCUCGAAGCGCUUGGGUGGCGUGGCGCCGACCCCUUCACAUAUCCUGCCAAACGGUGGCGGUACCGGCUGGAAUUGGGAGGUCAUUCUCGGUGGCACAGAGAUGCUGACGGCCGAGAAGUUCUUCAACAACUUGAAGUACCUUGCUGACUACUAG